AUGGACGCAGAAUUGAGCCAGGUCAAGAGGGAAACAGAUGCUUUUGUGCGAAAUUUGGACGCGUCGAAGAAACAGAAUGCGAUUGUGGAGAGAAAGAAGAGGAAAGGAGUCGAUAUGGAGCUAAAGAUCGAAGAUCGUUUUCAAAAGAAAAUGCGAAAGGUUGUCGAAAAGAAAGAGAGAAAGACACAACUCGCUGCCAAACUCUUCGCUUGA